AUGGCCACCGACGUGAGAAUCGCCCAGGCAAUAGGGACGCUUGGCUGUGCAGUGGCAGCAACCCGUUACCCACCUAGCGCGACACGGCCAUUCCAAGAUACCCCAGGAACCUCGACCGCCCACAUGACACACCAGUGGUUUGAUCUAUAUGAUCGUGGCAGCAAAAUUUUCCCUGGAAUAUCCGCAGUAUCUUCACUCGCAAGCCUGUAUGCGCUCUGGGUAUUGCGAGAUUCCCCUACCCCUGCCCCGGAUGUCUUUGGAUCUAGCUGGUCCACAUGCUAUCUGCUUGCUGUCGGAGUUACGAUGAGCAUUGCACCUUUUACGAUUAUGGUGAUGGGGGAGACGAAUACAAAACUGAAGGCUCAUGCAACGCGCGAUGAUGCUGCCGUCGCCGAGGGUACCGAAAGUAUGGUGGUUAGUCCACAAGAGAAGGCGAAGCGGGCUAGGGAGGAUGUCGAGGUGCUUAGACUUUUGCAGCAUUGGUCACAGCUGAAUUUGAUCAGGGCUGCGCUUCCACUUGUUGGGGCUUCCAUUGGGUUCUAUGCUGCUGUCUCCAGCUGGAUAAUACCUUGA